GCGGUUUUGGCGGGAAGAGCUGGUCGUAGAUCAGCUUUUCAAUAAUAUCCGGGGACCCGCGUGUGAGUCAGCUGAUAGUAUUAGGUGUGUUUCAAUAUCUUUCCUCAGUACAGUACUCUGUAUUGAUCUAGUUGCAAUUAGAUUAGGUGAUUUAACAAUAGUCUAAAAACAACCGGUAAGAACUGGUAUUUGGUUUGAAAAAUGGCAGCACACCCGCCAAAGACAAAGAUUCUGAUAAGUGCAAAUAAAAGGUGAGUUAUCUUGAUAAUUUCCUAAAUACUACUGGUAAUUACAGUUGCUAAAACUAUCAAUGCAAGUGUUAUACAUUUAUAGUAGAUUACAGUAAAGUAAGACCGUUUUUCACUCCUCAACUCACUCCUUGAAUUGUGCAUUCAUUUGCAUUUUCCCGAUUUGCUUUAUUCCUAGGUUGCAAAACCUGAAAGAGGCCUUCGAGAAAAAGUAUGGAGAAGCUCCUCUCUUUUAUGCACGAGCUCCUGGAAGAGUCAAUCUAAUAGGUAUGUAAACUAAGUUCAGAUGUAUAUAGCUAUGCUAUUAUAACGCAGAAAUCCAUAAAUACAGUAUAAAGACAAGUGAUUUACAGGAGAAAAAAUAAAUAAAUGUGAUCCUAGCUAACUAUAAACCGUAACUGUAUCUCAAACAUUGUCUUUCUUCAUUCAUUACUGUUAGGAGAACACAUUGACUACUGUGGGUAUGCUGUGCUCCCAAUGGCUAUUGAGCAGAGCAUUCUUGCUGCUGUCACUGUCAAUGAUUCCAAGAAAAUACACCUGGCCAACACAGAACCUAAAUACAAGUAAGAUCUGCCAGUGAAUCUCCACUCAAGCCUUCCUCCUGCUUUUUAUGCCUGUGCAAUUCCCCUAUAAUCUGCGUAUGUAAGCAUCUUCCUGAAUCUGUCUUGAUUUGCCGCCCAUCUAGACAAAUUGACGACUGUAUUGCAUUACCUAUCAAAUUGUAUUUACCUAGAGACGGCUCUCUCAAAAUCAUAAAAUGUUUUUUUUUUUUUUUUUUUACAGGGACUUCACAGUCUCUUCAGAAGACAUUGAGAUUGACAAGGACAAUCCUCAGUGGUAUUAUUACUUUCUCUGUGGGGUGAAAGGGAUUCAGGUGAGUCGUUGUAGACUCUGGUUAUUACUUUCUCUGUGGGGUGAAAGGGAUUCAGGUGAGUCGUUGUAGACUCUGGUUAUUACUUUCUCUGUGGGGUGAAAGGGAUUCAGGUGAGUCGUUGUAGACUAUGGUAUACUUUCUCUGUGGGUGAAAGGGAUUCAGGUGAGUCGUGUAGACUCUGGUUAUUACUUCUCUGUGGGGUGAAAGGGAUUCAGGAGCGUUGUAGCUUGGUAUUACUUUUUGUGGGGUGAAAGGGAUUCAGGUGAGUCGUUGUAGACUCUGGUUAUUAUUUUCUGUGGGUUUGAAAGGGAUUCAGGUGAGUCGUUGUAGACUUGGUAUUACUUCUCUGUGGGGUGAAGGGAUUCAGGUGAGUCGUUGUAGAUCUGGUUAUUACUUUCUCUGUGGGGGGGAAAGGGAUUCAGGUGAGUCGUGUAGACUCUGGUUAUUACUUCUCUGUGGGGUGAAAGGGAUUCGGUGAGUCGUUGUAGACUUGGUUAUUACUUUCUCUGUGGGGUGAAAGGGAAAUUCAGGUGAGUCGUUGUAGACUCUGGUUAUUACUUUCUCUGUGGGGUGAAAGGGAUUCAGGUGAGUCGUUGUAGACUCUGGUUAUUACUUUCUCUGUGGGGUGAAAGGGAUUCAGGUGAGUCGUUGUAGACUCUGGUUAUUACUUUCUCUGUGGGGGUGAAAGGGAUUCAGGUGAGUCGUUGUAGACUCGGUUAUACUUUCUCUGUGGGUGAAAGGGAUUAGGUGAGUCGUUGUAGACUCUGGUUAUUACUUUCUCUGUGGGGUGAAAGGGAUUCAGGUGAGUCGUUGUAGACUCUGGUUAUUACUGUAAUAUGCAGUAUAUGUUCUUCUUCAUGUUGUUCUAUUCUACUAUUCUAAUUCAUCAUAUCAAAUCUGUCUCUCUCUCUGUCUGGCUGUCUCUGUCUCUCUGUCGGGCUGUCUCUCUGGCUGUCUGUCUGUCUGUCUGUCUGUCUCUGUCUGUCUGUCUGUCUCUCUCUGUCUGUCUGUCUGUCUCUCUCUGUCUGUCUGUCUGUCUGUCUGUCUGUCUGUCUGUCUGUCUGUCUGUCUGUCUGUCUGUCUGUCUGUCUGUCUACAGUAUCUAUCUAUCAUGUUGAUACAGUAUUAACCUUAUCAAACAUAAACAUGAGGCAUUGUUGAACAUAUAGUGUUCCGUCAUCAUCCUCACCAGGAGCACCUAGGGAAGGUUCCUCUGUCUGGGAUGAAGUGUGUUGUGGACGGAACCAUCCCGGCUAGCUCCGGCCUGUCCAGCUCCAGUGCCCUGGUCUGCUGUGCUGGGCUCCUCACCGUGGAGGCUAACCACAAGUCCCUCAACAAGGUAGUACAGGACAUGGAUGUAUUCGGUGAAUGUCUCAAGGAACUUAACUGUAGUUUGGCAAACCACACUCUUAAAAUCUUAUACGCUGAGACAAGAUUCAGAUAAUGAAUUGCUGACGAUAUGAGUUCUGAUACGGUCCUCUGUAGCUCAAUUGGUAGAGCACGGCGCUUGUAAUGCCAGGGUAGUGGGUUCGAUCCCCGGGACCACCCCAUACGUAAAAAUGUAUGCACACAUGACUGUAAGUCGCUUUGGAUAAAAGCGUCUGCUAAAUGCCAUAUUAUUAUGAGUUCAAACAUCAGUUUGAUCAAUGUCAGAUGUAUUUUAAUUACUUUUAGGAAUUGUUUUCUGUCAACACCUUGAUGCACGAUCUUGCUGUAAAGUCUGACAAGCAAAACAGGAGACUUAGACGGUCCCCUUUUCUGUCCACCAGGUGGCGCUGGCGGAGAUUUCAGCCAAGUGUGAGCGCUAUAUUGGCACUGAGGGCGGGGGCAUGGACCAGUCCAUUUCAUUCCUGGCAGAGGAAGGAACUGUAGGUACACACACCACACACACACCACACACACACACACACCACACACACACCACACACACACACACACACACCACACACACACACACAAACCACACACACACAACCACACCACACACACACACACCACACACCACACACACACACACACACACACAACACACACCACCACACACACAACACACCACACACACCACCACACACACACACACACACCACCCACACAUCCACACACCACACCCCACCCACAACACACACCACAACACAACCACACACACACCACCACCACACACCACACACACACACCAACCACACACCAACCACACACCACCACCACACACACCACACACAACACCACACACACACCACACACCACACACACACCACACACACACACACCACACACCACACACACACACACACCACACACACACAAACCACACACACACAAACCACACACCACACACACACACACACACACCACCCACAACACACACACACACACCACACACCACCCACCACACACACCACACACACACCACCCACACACCACACACACACACCACCCACACACCACACACACACACACCACACACACACCACACACACACACACACACACACAAACCACACACACACACACCACACACACCACACACACUCUGUAUAUAAAGGAGUAUUAUAUGGUAUGAGUGUUAAUUAGUGUUUGAUGAUGCUAUGUUAUAAGUUAAAACAAUAGUUUAACGAGAGUUUAAUGAAAUGAUGUACAGUUACGGUCAAAUUCUCUGGUUUGUUGGUGCUUGUUAUUAGUCCUUGAUCUGUCUGUUGUUGUUGUUGUUGUUGUUGUUGUCCCAGGCCAAGCUGAUUGAGUUCCACCCCUUGCGGGCGAUCUGACGUGCGUCUCCCUGAGGGAGCAGUGUUCGUCAUCUCUAACUGCUGCGUUGAGAUGAACAAGGCUGCUACCUCUCACUUCAACAUCAGGGUGGUCGAGUGCCGCAUAGCCACCAAGGUCAAUUAUUAUUACAGCGGCUCGGAAUUGAUAUUGCUGUUCUCAACAUCGUACAAAUAUAUAUAGAAUAUACCAAAUGCCACUAGAGAUGCCUGGUGGAGAACAUUCAACACGUGUUAUGAGUUAGUAAGCGUCCAAGGUUUUGUCCCGCUAGUACAUCAAAACAAAUUGUAAUCAGCUGAAAAUGAGGUUUAUUAUACUCAUAAUGCUGCUCUCCUCCACCACCUAGACGGGCCUGCAUUGAACUCUAUGGUGUUCUAGAAUUAAUUUAACUGUGUUCUCAACUCGACUCAGAUUCUGGCCAAUGCGAGGGGGGCCUGGAGUGGAGCAGGCUUUCGAAGCUGUUUCCUAGGCUUUAUCUUAACUCUAUGGUGUGAACUUUAGGGAGUUUUACAUCUAGGUUUUAUUAUAACUCUAUGCUGCUCUCCACCACUAGACGCUAGGCGAAGGCUCGGGGGCAUGGAGUGAGGCCGGCUGCUGAAGCUGUCCCCCUGUAUGCUUUAAAUAACUAUAUGGUAUGACUCUAUGGUCCCCCUCAGAUGCUGGCGAAGGCGCGGGGGCUGGAGUGGGGCCGGCUGCUGAAGCUGUCCCAGGUGCAGACAGAGCUGGAGGCCUCUCUGGAGGAGAUGCUGCGGCUGGUGGCUGAGGUUCUGCACCCUGAGCCCUACAGCAGAGAGGAGGUCUGCAAGGCUCUGGGAAUCACCACAGAACAGCUCUGUACAGACCUCCUUAGCGCCAACACACAGCACGGUAAGACACUAGUAUUACUACCAGUUAUUUUCCAAUCGUUUCGUUUCUGAACAGAACCACUAUUUUUUUCGUUCCGUUCUACUGUUCCGACCAGCAAUAUAAAGUUCUGAACCGGUUUGAACCCCAAAAAAGUACCAGUUUAUAUCAUUCCUUUAUGUUCCUUUUUUAACCUGUGAAAUCAAGUUUUAUUUUUUUACAUUUAGCUCAUUAAAUGACUUCACCAAUCAGUGCGGAUAGAGCCGGCAAAGCUAGUUGUUUACAUACGUGAUGGACAGACGAGUGUAGCCCAAUGGCACAAGAUGCCACUGAAAUGUUGAGGAUGGGGACAGAGGGUUGAGGAGGAGGCUUGGCUUGAAACGCUGGGCAUCUUAUGAAAUGCAUUAUAUGAACUAGGUCUACGCCGGGCAUCUUAUGAAAUGCAUUAUAUGAAAUAGGUCUACGCCGGGCAUCUUAUGAAAUGCAUUAUAUGAACUAGGUCUACGCCGGGCAUCGUAUGCAUCUAUCUUAUGAAAUGCAUUAUAUGAAUAGGUCUACGCCGGGCAUCUUAUGAAAUGCAUUAUAUGAAAUAGGUCUACGCCGGGCAUCUUAUGAAAUGCAUUAUAUGAAUAGGUCUACGCCGGGCAUCUUAUGAAAUGCAUUAUAUGAACUAGGUCUACGCCGGGCAUCUUAUGAAAUGCAUUAUAUGAACUAGGUCUACGCCGGGCAUCUUAUGAAAUGCAUUAUAUGAACUAGGUCUACGCCGGGCAUCUUAUGAAAUGCAUUAUAUGAACUAGGUCUACGCCGGGCAUCUUAUGAAAUGCAUUAUAUGAACUAGGUCUACGCCGGGCAUCUUAUGAAAUGCAUUAUAUGAACUAGGUCUACGCCGGGCAUCUUAUGAAAUGCAUUAUAUGAACUAGGUCUACGCCGGGCAUCUUAUGAAAUGCAUUAUAUGAACUAGGUCUACGCCGGGCAUCUUAUGAAAUGCAUUAUAUGAACUAGGUCUACGCCGGGCAUCUUAUGAAAUGCAUUAUAUGAACUAGGUCUACGCCGGGCAUCUUAUGAAAUGCAUUAUAUGAAACUAGGUCUACGCCGGGCAUCUUAUGAAAUGCAUUAUAUGAACUAGGUCUACGCCGGGCAUCUUAUGAAAUGCAUUAUAUGAACUAGGUCUACGCCGGGCAUCUUAUGAAAUGCAUUAUAUGAACUAGGUCUACGCCGGGCAUUUAUGAAAUGCAUUAUAUGAAAUAGGUCUACGCGGGCAUCUUAUGAAAUGCAUUAUAUGAACUAGGUCUACGCCGGGCAUCUUAUGAAAUGCAUUUAUAUGAACUAGGUCUACGCCGGGCAUCUUAUGAAAUGCAUUAUAUGAACUAGGUCUACGCCGGGCAUCUUAUGAAAUGCAUUAUAUGAACUAGGUCUACGCCGGGCAUCUUAUGAAAUGCAUUUAUAUGAACUAGGUCUACGCCGGGCAUCUUAUGAAAUGCAUUAUAUGACAGUCUAGUCUACGCCGGGCAUCUUAUGAAAUGCAUUAUAUGAACUAGGUCUACGCCGGGCAUCUUAUGAAAUGCAUUAUAUGAACUAGGUCUACGCCGGGCAUCUUAUGAAAUGCUUAUAUGAACUAGGUCUACAGCAUCUAUAACAUGAUUAAGAGCAGCUCGCAUGGGAACUUAUGAAUGCUUAUUGAGACUAAGUCUAACGGACUUAGAAUGCAUUAUACUGAACUUAGGUGUGAACGCCCGGGAUCUUAUGAAAUGCUUAUAAACUAGUCUACCGCAUCUUUGAAAUGCUUAUAUGAACUAGUCCCGGCAUCAUGAAAUGCAUAAUAACUAGGUUACCGUCUAGACUUAGAUUGGGUGGAGGAUAUAAAUAGUUAACGCCGGCAUCUUAUUAAUGCAUUAAUAAAGGUCUACCCCAUCUUUGAAAAGCUUUUGAACAGUCUGGGAUACUUAGAAAUGCAUUACUUGAACAGGUUAGCGGGCUGCGUUACCUAACUUAUCAUACUGGUAUACCGUCUUAUGAAGGCUUAUGCAAUAGGUUACGGGCCUUUGAAUUGUUGAUAGAAAUCAUACUGCCGGCACUAUGAAAUUGCUUAUAUAACAGUUCACGCCGGCAUUUAUGAAAUGCAUUUUGACUGGUCUCGCCGGCAUCUUAUGAAUGCAUUUAUGAACUGUUCGCCGGCAUCUAUGAAAUGCAUUAUAUAACAGGUUAACCCGGUCAUCUUAUGAAUCAUUAUAGUGUACCGGCAUCUUAUGAAACUGUUAUGAACAGGUCCUCGCCGGCAUUUUGAAUGCAAUAUGAACUAGGUCUGCGGCAUCUAGAAAUGCUUUAUUGUCAACGGGUUUAUAUGCAUUUUGACUGUCUCCCCCUUGUGACAUAUUGAUAGUCUACCGGGUCUAUAAGCUAUUAAAGGUACGCGGACUAUGAAUGUAAGAACAGGUUACCCGAUCUAUAACUAUUCUAGCUCCCGUGACCAGUCAAUACUGUACGCGGCUCAGGCAUUAAACUGAAUCACUGGCCUAUAGUAUCCUUAACUUACAGUGGGGUGGAAAAAAGUGAUCCAUCUCUCUAGCUAAUUAAAAAUCCUCUCUCCCUUUCUUCUGAAUAAACUUGGUACGUUGGAAGACUUAGCCUUGCUUUGGAGGGGGGGGGGCUGUAGCCUAACGCACACCUGGAAUACGUUUCUGAUGAGGCUUUGCCAGGUGCUUUGUUGGGGGACAGAAAUAAUGCCGGAACGUAAAUGAACGUAUAAACCGGUUUCCUCCCAUGCAGUUAAAAUAGCGUUCUGUUCCGGAACAGUAUGAAUCACUUUCGUUCCCUGUUCCGUUUCAUUCCUUGAAAAAUGUAAUUUCGUUGAACCGGUUCCUACCCUUGAUCACUACUGUGUAUCCAGUACAUUAAACUGUAGGCUACAGAUAGUAGGGUCUCCUCCGCCUGUUUUGAGUGCAAACCAUACUGUGGUGCGUGCAGGCACCCCUCGGAUAUGUUAUUUUCAAAAAGGUUCACAUCUGCCUUUCCUGCUGUCCCUCCUUGUGACCAUGACUCCUCCGUAUAUGUCCAUACUGUCUAAAAACCUCUAAAGGUAAAUGACAGAUUAAAGAACAGGUUUGACCCGAUAUACCCUCUCCUCUCCUCCCAGUGACCCAGUUCAAGCUGUACCAGCGGGCCAGGCAUGUAUACGGCGAGGCGGCACGGGUGCUGCGGUUCAAGAGCGUGUGUGAUGAGGCUCCCUCCGCCCCGAACGCCGUACAGCGUCUAGGAGACCUGAUGAAGCAGAGCCAUGCUAGCUGCAGAGACCUGUACGAGUGCAGCUGUCCAGAACUGGACCGGCUGGUGGAGAUAUGUCUGUGAGUCCAGCAUCAGCAGAAUGCCUCCAUUCUCUUUUAAGUUAACUAUAUUUUGUAUUAAGGGUUUAAACCUGUACGUUUUACAGGUUCGUCUCACUGUACACUCGUUAACCCAUAAAUAAAAUCUCGCAGUCAUUUGGUGAGAUACCAUUUAUAUGUUUACGUAGUCUGUUCAUGAGAGAUUAGUCUCAUUGAGAUAAAAGCUAAUUUCAAGAGAAACCUGUCAAUUACCUCCCGAGUGGCGCAGUGGUCUAAGGCACUGCAUUGCAGUGCUAGCUGUGCCACUAGAGAUCCUGGUUCGAAUCCAGGCUCUGUCGUAGCCGGCCGCAACCGGGAGACCCAUUGGGCGGCGCACAAUUGGCCCAGCGUCGUCCAGGGUAGGGGAGGGAAUGGCCGGCAGGGAUGUAGCUCAGUUGGUAGAGCAUGGCGUUUGCAACGCCAGGGUUGUGGGUUCGAUUCCCACGGGGGGCCAGUAUGAAAAAUAAAUAAAAAAUAAUGUAUGCACUCACUAACUGUAAGUCACUCUGGAUAAGAGCGUCUGCUAAAUGACUAAAAUGUAAAUGUAUUUAAAAUGUUAGAUUUCACUGGCUACCCUAUAGCCAGUUGUUUGCAGUGAGUUUGACAAAUGGAUUGUGCAACUGUUGAUGAAGUUUACUUGCUUGAUUGCAUUGUUAAUUGAUAGAUCCUGAUUAAGGAUUAGGAUCCUGUAACCGUGUUAUUUCCAUGUUGUUAUGUUUCCUCUGGCUACAGGCAGUCUGGCGCUGUGGGAUCCCGGCUGACCGGAGCAGGCUGGGGAGGCUGCGCUGUCUCCAUGGUCCCCACUGACAAGGUGGAGUCUUUCCUAAAGAGCGUCAGAGAGCUGUACUACACCCCAGACCCACAUAGAGCAGAGCUAGAGAAACACAGUCUGUUUGUCUCCAAGCCUGGUGGAGGGGCGGCCAUCUUCCUUGAAGAGUGA